AUGAUCAGCAGGAUUUUCUUCGCUUGCCUGUUUCUCGGGAUGUACAGUACGGGCUCUUUGUUAGGUUGCAAAUGGAUUGUAAAUGAUCGAGGCGACAUAAUGGGUCAAUUCCGUGUGUACAACAAGCGAGCUUUGGGUUUCCUUGAUAUGAUGAUUACUAAGGAUGCUGAAAUUGAGCACACAGUGGCUUUCCCUAAUCGACUGUAUCGCAAGACGUCCAAAGCAACAGCUGAGGAUAAACUGGCUUUUACAGUUCAGAUUCUGGAGGAGGUGGCUGCCCUGUUUGAGGAGGAUCACAGCUCUGCCUCAUGGGAGGAGAACACAGUGGAGAACUUUCUCAAUAUUGUCAACAAACAGGCUGAAGAACUUCGCUCCUGUAUUGGGAGCCACAGUCACAAGAAGAAAACCACAAAGCUGCACAUGUACUUUAAGAGACUCUCACAUCAUAUCCUAAAGGAAAUGGGUCACAGUGCUGAAGCCUGGGAGGUGAUCAGGAAAGAAACCAAAGCCCAUCUAAUGAGAGCAGAACAGCUGGCUUCAUCUCUGCACACGGCCCACUAAAA